AUGCAACAGUGGUUCUCUCACCUGCGAACUGGAGGCCUGCGAGGGGAGUCCCUGGGCCCAGCCGCCGGCACGGCAGAGGGAAGAGGGCCGACUGGUCGGAGCUCCGCCGUCUCCUUUUUCCGUGACCCCGCGAUGCGCCGUGCCCAUUGCGUCCAUGCACGGCUCCAAUCCCACGGCAUCUAG